AUGUUUGCCCGUCGUGGCUGCACAACCGUGUCGGUGAUCGCACUAGUACUGUUAGGUUUGCCGCUAGCCGAACCCUCCCGGGAUGGUAAGUUUGGUGCCCGGCUGGUGGGCCGCAUCCGCGAGCGCCGUUUGGAGCGGAUCCAACAGCGACAGCGAUCGCUGAUCGCCUCCAAUGAGGCUUACAACGAAUUCUCCCCGGACUACCGGGAUGAGGCCCGAUCCGGGUCGGAGAAUAAUGGGACCGUUCCGGACACGAGCAAAGGUGAAGAUUACGAGAUGAAUGUAGCGGGCUCGGCGGAGGACGUGCGUAGACAACCUGCGUCCUUCGCCCUACUCGACACACUGAAGCCCUCCUCGCGCAGGUCCAUGUUCGAGGGAAAGAUCAUAUUCCGGUUCUACCAUGGUGGUAACCUCACGAAACAGACGACACUGGUCGAGGACGAUCGGCUGCUGAACGGUACGGAAUGCUCACCGGACGAACGGUUCGCACUGAUCGUGCACGGAUGGCGCGAGAACUGCUACGAAGUGCCGUGGGUGUUGAGUCUGCGGGAGAACCUGCACCUUCACCGGGGUGGCUGUGUCGCCUGCAUGGACUACUCCUCCUUCUCGAGCGGUGGGUACGGUGGGCUGGUGGGCGUGUUCCGCGACAUCCGCGACGUACUGUUGCACUUCCUGCUGCAGCUCCGGUACGAGGGCGUCCAGUUCGAGCGGACGUACGUGUUCGGGUUCAGUUUUGGCGCUCAGCUCUCGCUGGACGUGGGCAGCCGGAUCGGGGGCCAGGAGCUGGAAGCGAUCGAUACCUGCGACAUGGCCGGGCCCGGCUUCGACAGUGACCGGGCGUUCAAGCAGAUGGAUUUCCGUAACGCGGCCAAAAAUGUCCAGUGUGUGCACACGAGCAUCGACAAGGGUACCAAGUUCCCGAACAAAUGCCACCAAAACUGGCGGAUGGGACAGUGCGGGUUGCGGCAGGCGGCGGCCGGUCCGCCACCGCUCGGAUCGCACGGACUCUGUCCGGUGUUUUACAACCUUGCGUUUAAGUACCAGUUCCUGGCCCAGCCGAAACCGCUCGAGUGUCUAUCGCUCAGCGAGAUCGCGACCUACCCGCGCAACUACCGGAUGGGUUAUAUGGAAACGCGAAAGAGCGAGGUACGCGGGGAACUGUUCGCCCAAACUUCUGACGUGUACCCGUACACGGUGUUUACCAACCCGUACAACAUAUUCGAGUACGGCUUCUAA